AACCUGUGGCUUGUCUGGUCUUGUCUUGGCAGUGGCUGCGUGUCCAGCCAGACGAAGAAGGUGGUCAGCGGCGUCCUCUUCGGCACGGGCCUGUGGGUGGCCCUCAUCGUCACCAUGCGCUACUCCCUGAAGGUGCUGCUGUCGUACCACGGCUGGAUGUUCGCCCAGCACGGCAAGAUAAGCCGCGCCACCAGAAUCUGGAUGGGUAUGGUCAAGAUCUUUUCAGGCCGCAAACCCAUGUUGUACAGCUUCCAGACGUCUCUGCCACGCCUGCCGGUCCCAGCCGUCCAAGAUACCAUCAACAGGUACCUGGAAUCCGUGAAGCCUCUUAUGAAGGAAGGAGACUUUACACGGAUGACAGCUCUGGCACAAGAUUUUGCUGUCAAUCUCGGGCCGAGAUUGCAGUGGUAUUUGAAGCUAAAAUCCUGGUGGGCUACCAAUUACGUGAGUGACUGGUGGGAGGAGUACAUCUACCUCCGAGGACGAGGGCCGCUGAUGGUGAACAGCAAUUACUACGCGAUGGAUUUGCUGUACAUCACACCGACUCACAUUCAGGCAGCGAGAGCAGGCAACGGUAUCCACGCCAUCCUGCUUUACAGACGCAAACUGGACCGGGAGGAAAUCAAACCAAUUUUUCUUUUGGGAUCUACAGUUCCGCUCUGCUCCGCCCAGUGGGAGCGAAUGUUUAACACUUCUCGGAUCCCAGGAGAGGAAACAGACACCCUCCAGCACCUCGGGGACAGCAGGCACAUUGUCGUGUUCCACAAAGGCCGCUACUUCAAGGUCUGGCUCUACCACGACGGCCGGCUGUUGAAGCCCCGGGAGAUCGAACAGCAGAUGCAGAGGAUCCUGGAUGACCCGUCGGAGCCCCAGGCUGGGGAGGCGAAGCUGGCGGCCCUCACGGCGGGAGAUAGAGUCCCCUGGGCCAAGUGUCGCCAGGCCUAUUUUGGACAUGGGAAGAACAAGCAGUCUCUGGAUGCAGUGGAAAAAGCCACGUUCUUUGUGACGCUGGACGAAACAGAACAAGGGUAUAGGGAGGAAGACCCGGUUACGUCGAUGGAUAGCUACGCCAAGUCUCUGCUGCACGGCAGGUGUUUCGACAGGUGGUUUGAUAAAUCGAUCACAUUUGUCAUCUUUAAAAACGGCAAGAUAGGCAUAAAUGCGGAGCACUCCUGGGCCGACGCCCCCAUCAUCGGUCACCUUUGGGAGUACGUACUGGCCACGGACAGCUUCCAGCUGGGUUAUGCAGAGGAUGGACACUGUAAAGGGGACACCAACCCAAACAUCCCGUACCCGACCCGGCUGCAGUGGGACAUCCCGCAGGAGUGUCAGGAAGUCAUAGAGACUUCCCUGAGCAGCGCGAACCUCCUGGCCAGCGACGUGGAUUUCUGUUCUUUUCUGUUCAGCGCUUUCGGUAAAGGGCUGAUCAAGAAAUGCCGAACCAGCCCGGACGCCUUCGUGCAGCUGUCCCUCCAGCUGGCUCAUUACAAGUGCUGUGCACAGAUGCAGUGCAGCGUCCCUGGAUACCGGUUCUGCCCUUGUGAGUUUUGCUUUGUGCCAGGUACUGGUCUCGGUGCUCUCACAGUCCACUCACUAGGGAGGAGCUAUCGUUCGCCCAUUUUACAGGUGAGAAAACCGAGGUUCCGAGAGGUGAGGUGACCUGCCAAGGUGACACUGGAGUCAGGGAUGGAUCCAGGGGGUGGCCUGUAGGUUCGAUUCCUCUAUAACUCAGGUCAGGAAGAUAAACAGAUGCAGAAGAGCACAAGAGGCAAUGUUAGUAUCAGGUAAACGACAACUGAUGGGCCACAAUUGUAUCUAAAAUUAACUGUAACAGUUCUUAAUAAAGAUGGUCACGAUCGAGUCCCUCCCAUCAGGGAAACUUGCACAAGCCUCUUAGAUAGCCUAAUCCACCAGAGGGCAGACAGCAGAAGCAAGAAGAACUACAAUCCCGCAGCCUGUGGAGCAAAAACCACAUCCACAGAAAGAUAGACAAGAUGAAAAGGCAGAGGGCUAUGUACCAGAUGAAGGAACAAGAUAACACCCCAGAAAAACAACUAAAUGAAG